AUGUCGUCCAGCCUACAAGCCCAGGCUUCAUUCGAGGCCACAUUUAGAGCCUUUUUGCGCCGGCAACGCACAGCACCCACGCCAUUACCAGUCAACAUACGGCUCACAGGUCAAACCGCCAUCGUCACAGGUAGUAAUGUAGGAAUUGGCUUGGCAGCAUCCCAGCAGCUGCUGAAGCUCGGGCUCUCCCAUUUGGUCAUGGGUGUACGCUCACAAGUCAAAGGCGACGCAGCAGCAACUCAACUACGCCAGGAAUUCCCAGAUUCGGUCAUAUCCGUCUGGAUCCUCGACAUGGAAUCUUACGACUCAAUCCACAAGUUCGUAGAGCAGUGUGCGUCUCUACCGCGCAUUGACGUUGCGAUCCUCAACGCCGCUGUAAUGCAGCCUUCUUAUAAAACCGCCGCGGCCACGGGUCACGAGCUAACGAUGCAAGUCGACUAUCUAUCGACGGCGCUUUUGUCCAUGUUGCUCCUUCCUGUCCUCAAGUCCAAGAAGAUUGCUGGCGCCCCUAGACCGCCGGUGCUCAGCAUCGUGGGAUCCGACCUGAUGUACUCGGCCAACUUGAAGACGAAGGGCCCAGUGCUGCCGCAGUUCGACAACCCAAAAAGCUUCAGCCAGAUUCCCUCGUAUUCAAAUGCGAAGCUGCUGCUCAUGUUUCUCGUCGCCAAGCUCGCCGAACUCGUCAAACCAGAUGAUGUCCUGAUAAACAUGGCUAAUCCUGGCAUGACCAAAGGAACAUCCUUGGGUCAUGAGAACCCCGUGCUCGCUAUGAAGUUACUGGGUAUCGCUCAGUUUUUCUUAGCAAGAUCGGCGGAAAUCAGUGCCUCUAUAUAUCUCGACGCAGCUUUGACUCGAGGCGAUGAGAGCCAUGGGAGUUACAUCAGUGAUUGGGCCAUUAAACCGUAUCCAGCGAUUUGGUAUACGGAAGAAGGUCAAGAGCUUGGAGCAAGACUGCUGGAUGAGACUAUGGAGGAAUUCAAGCUCGCCGGCGUCUCACUGCCUCAGAUAGCGUAG